CGGGAACCAUAAUCGUGUUCUGGUUCCCAGAAAAAAAAAGACAGGGAAGGGAGCUCCGUCGCUUGGGGAGAGAAGACUGAGAUCGUGAUUUUCCUGCGUCAGGCUUUGGUGGGGACCUGGUGAUGUUCGCCAGAGCCUUCUGAACCGAGACAUAGCAUCUUCACGCCGGUCUAGCGGUCGGGAGGGUGGAAUUCAUUGCCGUGGUUCUCUGCCAUCACAAAUCCGCCCCUCGACAAGCAAGCUGUCCGCUCGGGCGUCUGGAUGAUUGAUGCAGCCUGGUGCAUCGUGGUGGCAUGUGGAGUCUGCUCAGCGCCCAGUAAACCAGGGGGCCUGGACGACGACUCCAUGGACGAACUGUGCAGCUGCGGCAAUGGAGGGCCACCGCUCCCUCUCCUCCUCAGUCUGCGCCCACCCACCGCUAUGGGAUCUGGUCGCGCCUCCUCUGGUGCACAGCCGCCCUAUUGUCGCCGCCGCGGGGCUCUACUGGCGGCCAUCGUCACCCAUCGGCCAUGCCGUAGCGAGCUCGUUGCCGGUACUCUUUCGAGGGACUUAUUGGUGUCGGUUCUGGGGGCUUCUCCAAAGGCGUGAAGAGCACAUCGUAAGGAUCAAAGUUGCCUGCAGGACCCUGGAAGUCUCAAUGAUGCAAAUCUUCGCCAAGCACGGUUGGAGCUUUAGAAAUAGAAUAACUAGUGGCUAGUUAUUCCAAUCCCAACUGCGCUUGGGUCUUUUUGCCGCUUGUGGCUUCUUUUAUUUUCUGGCAGUACUACUGUUUUUUGGACGGCCGUCAUCUUUGAUGUAGGCCGGGAACCUUUUUCCCAUUAUCUAAAAAAAAUAGCAUGGCUCUUUGUGUUUGCUAAGUUUACAAAUAGAGUGUUUGAUUUGAUGAAUAAACUAGUCUAUUAUC